GUUCCGGUUCGAUAGUGGAAGGUUGUUGACGUCAGGAGCUGCUCGGUCUCGGCGUCUAGCUCAAACAUGGGGAAAUCAUUCGCUAACUUCAUGUGCAAGAAGGACUUCCAUCCAGCGUCCAAGUCCAACAUCAAGAAAGUAUGGAUGGCUGAACAGAAAAUAUCAUAUGAUAAGAAGAAACAAGAGGAAUUAAUGCAGCAAUACCUUAAGGAACAAGAAUCAUAUGAUAAUAGGUUACUUAUGGGUGAUGAACGUGUAAAGAAUGGCCUUAAUUUUAUGUAUGAGGCCCCACCCGGAGCUAAAAAAGAAAACAAAGAGCAAGAAGAUGCAAAAGGAGAGACUGAAUACAAAUUUGAAUGGCAGAAAGGAGCCCCACGAGAAAAAUAUGCAAAGGAUGACAUGAAUAUCAGAGACCAGCCAUUUGGUAUUCAGGUGCGGAAUGUGAGGUGCAUUAAAUGUCACAAAUGGGGUCAUGUCAACACUGAUAGAGAGUGUCCUUUGUUUGGUCUUUCUGGAAUCAAUGCAAGUUCAGUUUCCAGUGAUGGCUCAGGGCCAUCAAUGCACCCCUCGGAGCUAAUAGCGGAGAUGAGAAACAGUGGGUUUGCACUAAAACGAAAUGUACUGGGGAGAAACUUGACCGCAAAUGAUCCAUCACAGGAAUAUGUCGCAAGUGAGGGUGAAGAAGACCCAGAAGUUGAAUUCUUAAAAUCACUAUCAACUAAACAAAAACAGAAACUACUCAGGAAAUUGGAUCGCCUUGAGAAGAAAAAGAAGAAAAAGAAAAAAGAUAGAAAGAAGCAGCAGCUGCAAAAGAAGAAAAGCAGAAGUAAACACAAAAAACAUAAGAGCAAGUCCUCCUCCUCCUCCUCUAGUUCUACCACCUCCUCUUCCUCUUCAUUCUCUUCCUCAUCUUCCUCCUCUUCCUCAUCCUCCUCCUCCAGUGAAACUUCAGAAAGCAGCACUGAGAGUGAGAGUGACAGCAAGGAGAGAAAAACACGAAAGAAGAUGGCUUCUAAGAAGAAAAAAACCAAGUCUUCAGAAGGUGACAGCAGUGAUUCUGAAGGGAAAGGGGGAAAGUCUGGGAAGGCCAAACUUGAUGAAGAGCCCUCCAGUAGUCACAGUCACAAGGAAAAAGCAAAGGAGAAGUUGAGGUUUUCAAAGCAAGAGAGUUUUGGGGAGAAUACCAAGUGGAGCUACUGUGGUUCUGAAAGAAAGUCCAGAAAGCAGAAUCACAGCCCAGGCAAGGGGAGAAAUAGUGGGAGCCAAAGCAGGCAAGACAGGGAUCACAGAAGCUCCAGCACAAGUCACAGCAGUUCUGGCCCAAGACAGACAAGAAAGAGACCAGGCCGGAGCCCUAGCGAAGAGCAGCGCAGAACAAGGGAGCCCCCAAGCUCCAGCACAUGUGUGUACAGAGGUGAAAAGAAACCCAGAGAGGACUCCAGGGGUGAGCGUGCGAGGGCAAAACACAGACAACGAAGCAGGAGUGAGACUGAGUAAAGAGAAAGGAUCUGCGACAGGUACCUGGAAAUAGAAAUAGCUCCACUGUUUAUUGACUACCUUCCCCAAGGGCUAAAUUAUGUACUAUUGUCUUUCUAAUAAAAAGCUGUGUUUUCAUUUUCCACUCCUGUAAACUGUCAUUUCACGCACAAAACUCCAUCAGUACUGUGAGAAUGAAUCUUGUGAAUAUUUGUAAGUAGCCUGUUUUUUGUCUGUAGAAAUAUUUUCUUUUGGUGUUUUUUGUUUUCCUGUGCUAAAUGAACACUCAUAUAACUUUGUAAAUGACAUUUUCUUUGUUUUGAAAUAUCUUUUAAAAAAAAGAACGACAGUUCAUUGAAUGGGUAUAAUUUAAUUUGAAUUUCUUAUUGUUUUUAAGGUUUAGAUUUGCUUUGGGCAAAGCACAAUCUGUGUAAAAUCCUCUUGUAAUAUGGUUAAAUGCUAGAAUAAUAUUUCUAACUCCUUCUGGGGUAAGAAGUAGCCUGAAUAUAAUAUUUUGGGCAAUACUUGAGGGAGUUUGGGUACUGGAUUUUUUUUAUUUUUAAACUUCUACCUUAGAGGGCAGUUUUCAUGAGCUAAAUAAUGGUUUUAAAAGUUCUGUAGAAAUGUAUAACAUGUUUUGGCCUCCUGCAGUGUAUAAUGGGGUGAGGACUAUCUUAACAUCACGAACCCCUGUUGGUCUUUGUCACUGUGGAGUCAAGUUAUUGUUCGAUAAUUUUUCAAGACAUGAAAAGAAUACUGUUUGCAGCCUUAACUGUUUCCAGGUAUUUCAUUCUAGGCAGUAGGAUAUUAACUUGGAUGCCUUUUUUCUGUUGGCACACAGCUGUUAAGCUUUUAUUUUUCUAAAGGCUUAAGUUUUCACUUCAUGUCAUAAAGAUGAACCAUUUUAAUAAAUUCCAUUAUUUUUUAGAAGUAGUGAGAAACAUUGCUUUUUGAUGUUGUAUCUGAUUUCAGAGGAACAAGGUUCUAAAAUCAAACACAUUGUGUUGCAAAACAUCCUUAAAGUCAAAUGUUGGGAAAAAUAAGAUAAUCAAGAAGUAUUUUCAUAUAAAUUGUCCAAGAGACAAGCAGAAGCCAAAUAAGUACCUACAAGAUAUGUUAUGUGUACAAGUAUUUUUAUCAUGUUUUCACAUUUUCAGGGUGUAAGUGUUUAGAUUCAAUUGUGUAGAUUUUGAGGUUCUUACCUACCCCCUAACAAAAAAAAAAAUGAAAAGCAAUUGAAUGCCUUCAGGCAACUGAAGUAAAUAUUAUUGAAUCAGGUUUUCCUUUGUUUAAUUACUUUCUUUGAUGGAUCUAUAAUUUGGAGCAUUAAAAGUAAAGCUACUUUAUGUGUUCCCACACCUGAGAAAUGCAUUAUCAGUACUAAGAAAAAUUUUAAUCCUAUUAGAUUUAAUUGCCGUCAUACUGACUUUUUUCUCUUCUUCGUUCCUCUUUGCCAACAACUUUGUAAUUUUUUGAAACAGGGCACUUCACUGUUAACACCUAAAAGAGUUUUUUGGCCAAACUAGUUUGGCUUUGAAUGAAAAAUAAACCAAUGUAGAGCAGUC